AUGGCACUCAGUGAUAAGACUGGGGAGGGAGACGACGACGUCCUUCACGGCAGUGAAUUGGGGAACUACAACAUCGACCACAAUGACUGCGCUACAUUCUACCUCUCUCGUAAUCCGGACGUGUAUCAGCGGCUCGCAGCUGAAGUUCGCACAACGUUCUCCUCUGGCACCGAGAUUCGCAAAGGUCCCAAGCUUAACUCCUGUAUCUACCUACGCGCGGUUAUCGACGAGACUCUCAGAAUAGCGCCUUCUUCUCUAGGAACUCUGUGGCGCCAGCAGGACAUGUCCACCCCGUCUAACGCCAAGCAGUCUUUCAUCGUGGACGGACAUGUAAUCCCUCCGGGCGUACAAGUCGGAAUCAACCCAUACGCCAUGCUUCACAACGCAGAAUAUUUCUCGGAGCCAUUCAAAUUCAAGCCUGAGCGAUGGCUGGGCCUAGAGGACUCCCCCGGGCUGCGGACAAUGCGCCGGGCCCAUGCACCUUUCGCCCUGGGUGAGCGGGGUUGUGCCGGCAAGGCUAUGGCCUACCUUGAAAUCAGCAUCAUGUUGGCCAAGACGCUGUGGUAUUUCGACUUCGAAAGGGCUCCCGGCGCGGCCGGAGAAGUGGGCAGUGGUGGGCAUGCAAAGUUCAAGGGCGAUGCCGAUAGGCAGAGGGAGGACGAGUUUCAGCUUUUUGAUAUUAUCACAACCGCACACGAUGGACCGCUCCUCACUUUCACGCCGCGGGGAGAUUUGUGGCAGGAGCUAUGA